GGAGGCGAGGCUCACCUGGGCGGGGGCGGGGCCGCGGAGCACCCGCUGGCCGGAGCGGCAGCAGCCUCGAGGCGGGCUUGGCUGUUGGCGCGCCCAGCGGGGGGGAGGAGGAGGAGGAGGAAAACCCGACGACGGGACGGGCUUCUCCAGCUGCCGCCGCCGCCGCCGCCGGCCCCUCGCUCGCUCUCGGCGCUGCUGCCGCCUCGCUGGAUGGAGCCGGUCCAGCUGCCCGACGAGGACGCCUUCCGCGCCUUCCAGGCGGAGUGCGAAGCCGAGCAGGGCUGGCUCAGCCGCUACAGCCGGGACGGCAUCGCGGUCUGGGGGCAGCUGCCCGCCGCGGGAGCCGCCUUCUCUGUCCACCGCGUCAAGGGCCGCGUUGACAUGCCAGGCGUGCCGGCAGAGACGGCAUACGAUGUUCUGCAUGACACCGAGUACCGCAAGAAGUGGGACUUGAAUGUCAUCGAGACCCACGACAUCGCCCGUGUUGCUGACAAUGCAGACGUGGGCUACUAUUCAUGGAAGUGCCCGAAGCCCUUAAAGAACAGAGAUGUUGUGACACUGAGGUCCUGGCAGGUUUUGGAUAAUUCGUACGUUAUCAUCAAUUUCUCUGUCAAGCACCCGAAAUAUCCUCCACGCAAGGAUCUGGUGCGGGCUGUGUCACUCUUGGCGGGAUACUUAGUGCAGUCCACUGGACCUGACAGUUGUGUUUUGACUUACCUGGCCCAGGUGGACCCUAAAGGAUCGCUGCCCAAGUGGGUUGUGAAUAAAGCUUCCCAAUACCUGGCACCCAAGUUGAUGAAGAAGAUGUACAAAGCCUGCCUGAAAUACCCUGCCUGGAAGCAGGAGCACAACGUGGACACGAAGCCCUGGCUGCACCCGGAGCAGAACCAGCUUCCCACUCUGCCCGUGUCUGACCUGGCCCUCCAGCAUGCCUCCUCGCUGGAGAACAUCGACGAGAGCAGCUUAAUGGAAGCCAAAGAAGAGAAAGGCGACACCAGCGGCUCGGAGAACUGAUGCCCACCUGGGCCCCUUCCCAGCUGGGCAGCCGUCUGCUACUGUGUUCCCCCUGGUUGGUUUUACAAUAAAUGGUGGAAAAUAUAGAUUUAUACAUACAGA